ACGAACAAUACUUUUUAAACAGUUUGAAUUAAAAGUUAUAUUUUAAUACUUUGUAGCAACCUUGGCUUGAACUGGUUGGCUGGCUGCAGCUGAUCUGGAUGGGUGUGUCACUCUCCAGUAUUCAGUGUAGCUGUUUGUUGUCUUUUUUGUUCAUUGAGAGUAUUACCAACCUGCGGGCUAAAGGCUACAUUUAACUUAACUGGCUCCGACUAUCUUUCUGCAAACCAUUUUGUAAUUGUAAUAGUUUAGAGUCAGUGACCAGCAGGUGCGAUCCUGGGACUGCCCCCCCCCUUCCUGAAAACAGGAAAUUUAGCUCCUAAAGCUACAGGAGGUGGGUUUUUGACGUCCCAGUAACUGGUUGCUCACUGCUGUAUGAGGGAAGAUUCUCACCUUGCUUCAUGGCAGGAGUGGCCCUGGGGACCAGUCUUGCUGGGCUGCUGGUGGGAACCAUGAGUUGUAGGGGAAGGAAUUAAGUAAUACAUUUAACCAAUUUUUUUUCUUUUUAAAAGUAGAAAAAUUAGAAAGCUCACUUUCUGGCAAGCCCUGUCCCUUUUAGGGUCUAAUAUUUUGGACCGAAAACAGGUUAUGUUCAAUGCAACUAUCAGCUGAUAGGUGGGUAUUGUUGACAAGCCAGUACUCACAAGUCAACUUAUUUACAGGCCAAAGUCAAAUAACCACAGUUUUAUUACAAAUUUUGGAGCUGUCCUAACUUAACUAGAACAAGUCAGAGAAGCGAUUCAGUCUACUUGCAUUUGAGGCCCAUUUGGUGCCAUACCAAGUGGCUAUCACCAUUACAGACUAAACAGUGGCUUUAAUUGCUGCAAACACCAUGCAUUCAAUCUACCAUGGACCAAGAAAGCUACCAAGCUUGAACUUUUACCUACCUGCUUAGCUCCAUUCAUCUAGUGUUCUUUCUAGUAGAAAUAUAGCACGUUUUGCCUUUCCUCUGUAUCAGACUUUUAAAGUAAUUUGAUACAAUAUUAUUCAAUCCUGUGCACUGAUAUAUGAUUCAGAACUAGCAGGAUUCAACCCUAAUAUAAUUCAGUGAGCUAAUAGGAUGUUUUCCCUUCAUAGUUGUUUGUGUUUUGGACAAGACUGCUGGCUUCCUGUAGGAUGUGAGUAGCUGGGGAGAGUUCCUUCCAUUGUAUUUGGGUUGAGCGAUUUCAGUCAAUGUUUAUAUUCUCAACACUUGACAUGGCCACAUCUUCUCUCUUGUGCUCAGAAUACUUACGAUGCCCAGUCUGCCUGGAUUUGUUUCAGGAGCCUGUCACCAUCCCCUGUGGCCACAGCUUUUGUCUUGGGUGUAUCACCCAGUGCUGGUCACUACAAGGGUCCUCUACAUCCUGUCCCCAAUGCAGAUGUCCCUUCCGAACAGAUUCCCCACCAAGGCUGUGCAAAAACAGUAUCCUCUCCCAGAUAGUGGAUGACUUCUCCAACCCCCGGGAGUCUAGUAAGAUAACCCCUGCAUCAUCCAAACCAUAUUGGAACAUUAUUGAGGACUUGGAGAUAAGCCAUCCUCCCAUCACUCAGGAGGAAGAUCAUAGUAGAGCUUUUAGUGACAGCAUUUCGACACCCCCAAUGUCCCGGAGAAACCCAGAGCAUCCCAACCGAUGGACCUCAAUGAUCAGGAUACGUAGAGAGGCGAACAAGGGAUUUAGUGAUAUGGUGCCGAUCCUGCAAGCUUCUGGAUUCCGACUCCUCCAGCUAUUGGAACAAUCAGAAAGUGAGAUGCUGGAACAGGAAGACAGCCACGUAUUGAAGCAGGAUGAGAGUCAGGUGGAAGAAAAAGAAGACACUAACACUAUGGAGCAAGGGCUCACCAUGACCGUGUUACCUUCUGCCCAGGAAGAGGAAGAGUCAAGCAUGAAAGAGAUCCCAUGGGUAUGGCUCUCUGAAGCCAUGGCUAAAUUUAAAGAGAGCUUGUUGGAACUGUGUGCUGGUCACAUGAGGCGAUUGGUACAACAGGUCCAAAGCACGCAAACUAACAGUCCUACUAAGGCACCAGAAGAUUGGGGAAGCCCUUUGAUACCUCUGAUUCCUCGGGUCCGGGCUGAAUUCCUUAAGUACUCCAGAGAUAUAACCCUUGACCCAAACACUGCCCAUCACAACCUGUCACUAAUGCAGGGUAACAGAAGGGUUUUUUGCAAGCUGCAGCCUCAGGGAUACCCAGACAACCCUGGACGGUUCAACCAUUAUACACAAGUGCUGGGCCAGGAACCUCUGGGUCAAGGGCAGCAUUACUGGGAAGUCCAGUUGUCCGGCAACCGUGUCAGUCUAGGUGUGUCAUACCGUAGCAUCUAUCGCAAGGGGCACCAGAGUCACUGUCUGGCUGGGAGGAAUUCCCACUCCUGGUGUUUGGAAUGGACCAACACACGUUGUUACGCUUGGCAUGAUGGACAGCGGGUACUGGUAGCCACAGGACAACAGGAAUGCUUAGGUGUCUUCGUGGACUGGGAUCGCGGAUGCCUGUCCUUUCACGAGGUAUCUGAGGAUAUGCCUGUUCUUUACCGAUUCCGUGCAACUUUCAUAGAGCCAGUCUAUCCAAUCUUCUUUAUUAGCUGGAAUUCCAUUGUGUCCAUAGGAGAAGCAGCCCAGUCUCGUCAAUGUGCCCAAAGCAAGCGCUUCCAGAGGCAGCUAUCUGCUAACUUCUGAAUAACUCAAUGGUAAAUAUACAGCAGAUCUGGGCUGCAAAUGAACACAUCUUACCUAUUCCUAUGUGCUUAUUAAAUGCUUUAUGAAUACUUCAAAAUAAUAAAGUUUUAUAGGGAAAAUA